AGGAAGACAAUAUCCAAACCUGGCUCAUAUGUGUUCGACAGAGAGGUGAUGGCUCAGUGGAGCACAAAAUCUCGCAAGAAAUGGCAGCCAAAGUUUUAGCUCUCUCUUGUUCCCUCACUUUCAACAAGUCUUCAUUUUUACCGAACCCUUCUUCUUCUGCUUCGGCUCUGUUGAGUCCAUUCUUCACUCUUGCCAGAACAAGGCCUCUUCGUUUCAAACUUCAUGCCAGGCUCGGUGGAGAGGAUUCAGAAACCAAGAAGGUGGGAAAGAAGAAAUUUAUUACCCGAGAGGAAGAACCGCAACAGUACUGGCAAACAGCAGGUGAAAGGGAAGGAGAGAAUCCCAUGAAGACGCCUCUUCCUUACAUUAUCAUAUUUGGUAUGUCAACUCCUUUUGUAAUCUUAGCCAUUGCUUUUGCUAAUGGUUGGAUUAAGGUUCCUGUUCGAUGAAACCUCACACUAUUUUUCUAUCUUUAAGGUUCUUCUGCAGUAAACGUAUAUUAUGUAUUUAUCAGUACAAUUCCUUCUUGUACGGAUAAUAUGUUAUGGAUCACUUUGAUGAUGAACACAGUUUUCUGUGAAUGCUGUUAUAGAGCAGCACUUUCUCCCUUUUACUGAGAAGCAUGGGAAAAUCAUCAAUAUUGGUCUGCA